AUGGCGUUCCCAGCCUUGACAAUGUUCAUGGUAUGUCUAGCCACUUCUACAAUUGUGGAAUCUCGAGACGUAGGGAGAAAUUUCAAAACCAUUCCAACCAUCACCGACUCCUUGGUAAAUCUUGGAAAAAUGGAUAUUUCAAUUUACAUUAAUGCUAAAGAUGCACAAUCCAAAUCGGACAAUAACUUGGGACCAUCCAGAUCAUUGCUUUACUCUAAAUCCGAACCUGUCGUGGAACCAUGCCCUUGUUCCAGCCUAAGAAACUACAAAGAACCUGUCAGUCAAAGCCCAUCGGAUUUCCUCAACAAAAUCUUGAUGAGCAACGAUCUCUUCUCCUACAAGGAGCCAACAACGUCCACAUUGUGCUGCGAUUCUCACGAGCACGACGACUUUGUAACCUUCGAAUUUAGUCCUUAUCAUAAAAAAUCUAGCUCACAUUCCAAUAAUUUACCAGGACUUCCUUUUAUAUUUGAGAGUUUCCUGUCCGGAAAACCGAAGCCAACGUCAAUGACGAAAGCAAAAGCUGUCGAGAUAUUCUUUUUCCCUAAAAAGUCAGAAUCCGUUUUUAUGACUGACAAAAAUAAUUAUCCCAAUAAAGAAUAUAUUCAAAUAGUCGGAGACAAAGAAUUGAGAAACGACUUUAAUAAUAUAAACAUUAAGCCUACAUUACCAACUUCAGUGUCAUCUGUAAAAAAAGAUCUGACAGCACAAGAAAAGAACGAAAUAAAAAAACUUGAUAAUGCAGAAGAGACCCAACAAGUUUCUACUGGUAGAAACAACAUAGUCUUUUAAUAUAAACGCAAAUAUCUAUAAAAUUUGAUGUUUCGCUUAACUAUCCAAUAUAAAAAUACUUUCUUCCUAGUUAUAUGUUAUACAAAUAAUUUAGAACCCAAGUAAAUUGCUAACCGGGUCUAUUUUAAAAAAAGAAACAUAAAAAAGAUGUUAAUAUUUAAUAUUGAGACAAUUUAACACCGCAGGCAACGACCCAUCAAAUUAUAAUUUCAAAAUCAUACA